UACCCUGCAUGCAGAUUAACCUCGGGCAAUUUCAGUCCUUUCCAUGGGAUAUGAUCGACCGAUGUCCACGGGUGUCCAUGUCCAUAUCCAUAAGGACUUGAUAGACCGAUCCAUCCAUUAUUACCAAUAAUGCCCCGUUUCUGCUGCUUCGCAUCUUUCGGGACCGAUGCUAGUGCAUUAAAUUGCUGAAAUUGUUUAAUCCAGCUCAAGGAACAGGUCAGGUUCCCAUCUAUGAUCAAAUCAGGAAUUCACCUUUGUCGAAGCCCGAGCUUCCGGUGAUGAAAGUUGCCUGUGAUGGGAUCCAGUUUGCGGUGACAUUUCAAAGUACACGAGGGACGUAUAAAAAAUAUUAUAGCACAUAAAGGAUGAACGUAUUUAAAUAAGAAUGAAGAAAUGUUAAGUUGUACGUAUAUGUAAAAGCACAGAAAUGAAGGUGAAUCUCGAAGUUGACACGUGUCAGAAAAGAAGAGCGAAACGGGAAAAGCUCGCGCUUGAGCGACGAAACUUCUUUUAUUAUCUCAUAAUGUCGCUGAUGUUUACCAGCGGUAUAGCAGUUACCGUUGGGAGAAAUUCAGAACAACGGAAGAGGGUUUUUAUUGAGGAGAAGAAAUACGGAAAAAGGGAUCUGGAAGGUGCAGGUCUGCAGGCAUACGGUUACCAGCAGGAGCAUCCGGAACACAUAUACGGUCCGCCAUCGGCUCCAGCGCCUCCGGUUUAUGAGAUUCCAGCGCCAGACCUCGCGCAUCCGGUACCGGGACCCAUACCGGAACCGCCAGUCGCCGUUGGACAUCAUCCAUUCCAGAUUCCAGCAGUUCCUGUACCCGUUCCGCAGCCGGUACCGCAUCCGGUACCGCAGCCAAUCGCGAUACCCGUCGCGGUGCCGGUCGUUAAGCACAUACAGGUUCCCGUGACCGUGGAGAAGCUCGUUCCCGUGGCGGUUCCGGUUCCCAAACCGUAUCCCGUCACGGUGGAGAAAGUCGUUCACGUGGACCGGCCGGUUCCGGUACCAAUUGAGAAGCCGGUGCAUAUUCCGGUGGAUCGGCCGGUGCACGUGCCGGUGCCGGUGCCGAAACCAUAUCCCGUCACCUUCGAGAAGAUCGUGCACGUGGACCGGCCGUAUCCAGUGCACGUGGCCGUGCCGGUACACGUGCCGAAACCGUACCCGGUACCGGUGACCGUACACGCGCACUACAACAAGCACGGCUGGUGGUAGCGCGUACUUGUACUUCCGCUUCGAUGAUAUUAUAUUUUCGUUGCUUAAAGUAUUCAUCGUUUUUUUAAUUAUAUAAGCAAUUAUUCUAGACAUCUUAUUAAUCGUAAUUAAUCUUGCCCGACUGGAAAUGUAUAUACUGUAAGGAUUCAUACUUAUCGUCUCUUGACGAACCGAUUUACCUUGUUUUUUUUAAAUAAAUAUUACAAAAAAUUACUUUCUGUUAUAAUUUUUUAUUGCUCUAUUAAUGGAAAUAUUGUGUGAAGGUUUUUAGUUGCUAUAUAGAUGUAUGAAAAAGGGAGAAAGGAAAAAGUUAAAUAAUUUUUCUCUAAUACCUAUCAACAAUCUUGAGAUGUAAUAACUGUAUCUGUCAUAUGAUAGCGUGAACUUGUUCAAUUAAUAAGCAUUGACAUCAUCAUUAAUGCAUUAACAAGGUCAUAUUCGACACGUCAGGUAGCUGCAACGUAAAAUCGAGUUACUAAUUUAUAUAUACAUAAUAGGAAGUAAGUUUAUAAAGUUUUAGAUUAUUACGCAGUUUAAAUUGUUGA